AUGCCCGAUGAUUUCGUCACAUCGGGAGUGGCUUAUUUGGCAGAGAAGUACACCGUCUCACGCAGGUCAGAGGUAGUGUCAGAAUACUCUCUGCGACCGGGCGGCUCCAACUUUGGCUUAGCAGGUCAUAAUGGAGUAAAAAGGGACACAACACUGCUCUAAACAGCAACACCAUCAGCCUCAGUCCUCCGCACUCGGCCACUGCUUCUGCUCAGGCAGAUCCAGAAGCAAGUCGAGAGAGGCGAUCCAAUCUCGGAGUACCCACAGUCUGCCAUUUGGUACGGAGCAAGAUCACCCGGCCAAAAACAAGAAGAACCGAUCUGCGAGUCUGCACCUUCAACUUCAGGUCAGUAGCCACUGACAGCCGACUCAUGGAGCUUCUCGUUGAGACAAAUCGGAUCAAGUACGAUGUCAUCGGACUUUCCGAAACAAAACGAGAAACCGAAGUGCACUCGACUCAUCGGGACGGGACCGGAGUUUUCUUAGGAUCUCGGAAUACCACUUCCGUGUCAGGAGGUGUCGGCUUCAUAGUCUCGAGCCACCUCCUCCCAAAAGUCACAGAAAUCAAGUUCAUCAACCACCGGAUCGGCUCCCUUACUCUCAAAGUAGGGAAACGAUUCAGCUGCACAAUCUUCCAGGUGUACGCACCAGUAGCUGAUUCGGAUCCAGAAGAACUUGCCGACUUCUAUGACUGCAAUGAAGACGCCUACUUGUCCUACCGCAGCAAGUACAAGCUCAUCAUCGGCGACUUCAAUGCGCGAAUGGGCGCAAGAAAACACACGGAGCGGUUCAUUGGCACGAACGCAAUGGAACCGCGAAACGAAAGUGGCGAACUCUUAGCUACCUUCUGUGAAUCGAACCGUCUGUGGCACAUGAACUCACAAUUCAAAAAGCCGCUCAACAGACGAUGGACACAUUUAAGCCCCGACAAGAAGUUCAAACACAAAUUGACCAUAUCCUGGCCAACGGACGUUUUGUAACUGAUGUCUCGGUGCUCCCCUCGUUCACGAAUGGUAGCGACCACCGUCUCCUCCGCAGCAACCUGCACAUCAACACCAGCGUCGCUAGACACGAGCAGGUCAAGCGGAGGAAGCCCCCGAAAAGAGUGCUGGACCCGGCCAUUGCCCACGCUCUGAGCCAAUCGACAAUAGUUCAAACGAGCCCAGACAUUGACAAAGACUACCAGAAUCUUGUCGAUGCGCUCAAAGAGCUGCAGAGCCAGGCAAUAACACAACCAUCCAACCACUCAACCAAUCGGAUCACAAGGGCUACUCGACAACUUCUAGAAAAACGGAGAUUUAUGGACAGAUCAGACCCCAACUUCGAGUCGCUGUCAAUAAAAUGCCGAGAAGAAGUCGAGAAAGACCACGAAGAGUUCGCCAGUUCCCGCUUUGUGAGCGCCGCUAAUCAAGGGAGAAGCCUGAAAAGGAUGGCAAGGGACAUUCAAGAACGCCCAAUCCUUCAUCCCCUGCCUCAAAUUUCCAACGACCGGCAAAAGAAUCACUUCAAGGACAAAGAUGGAGCAGGAAAUCCAGCAGUUCUACCGGAAACUAUUCAGUAA